GACUUCACUUAAAGUGUGGAUCGAGGGAGCAAAGGGGGCGGGGCGCCAUAACUCUGGAGAAUCGGGACACACUACGAACUCACACCCUCAGCGGGAACGCGCAUUUGAGGGACCCAAGGGUGGAAGUGCGAGGAUCAGAGUUGGGUAUCACCAUAAAACAACGGGGCCAUGGCCAACAUCCAGAUCAGAAAGUACCAGGAGGAGGACUCGGAGACCGUGAAGGAGCUCUUCACCUCAGGGAUGAAUGAGCACCUGCCUUCGGCCUUCAUGCACCUCCUCAAGCAGCCGCUGACCCACAUGCUGCUCAUGUGCACCUUCUGCUCGCUCGUGGCCACCUCCAAGUCCUUCCUGCUGCCCGUCCUGGCAGUCGCCCUCCUCCUGGCCGCGGGCCGGCAGGCGGUCGUCCACAUGUUCAACGCGUACAUAGGGGACUCCCUGAAGAGCGACCUCGACGAUGUCGUCGAGAGCUACCUGAGGCGGAGGGAUUCGUGUUUCUGGGUGGCGGAAAGCGACGGCCGGGUGGUCGGCACGGUGGCGUGUCUCCCCGCCGAGAACGCGCCGGAGUUUCUGGAGCUGAAGCGCAUGUCGGUCUGCCGGAGUCGCCGCGGGAAGGGAAUCGCCAAGGCUCUGUGUCGGACGGUGGAGGAUUUCGCCCGGGACAGAGGUUACCCCGCCGUCAUCCUUUACACCUCCAUGGUCGCAACGGACGCUCAGAGACUGUACGAGCGCGUGGGUUACAAGAAGAUAAGACAGUUUCCUCUGCCGGACUUUUUCCCCAAAAUCAUCAAUUUCACUCUGAUUGAGUACAAACUUGAUUUAGAGCGAGAUAAAUAAAGCUGAAGAAACCGACCAACUCUUCAAAGGAGCAAUAAGCGACAUGUCACCACUAGGUGGCGCUUGAGCACUGUCUAUAGAACAAAACAAGCCGUGUCUCAUUUCCUGCUCCUAUGAGCAAAGGAUAAAAACACAGCAGAACAGCAUCACCUUUUUAGAGGAACAUUUUCUAGUGAAGAAGUGAGUAACUAAAAAGAUACCUUUAGUUCUUCACAAAACUAUUUUUUUUAGUUAUUUCUGUCUAAAAUUAUGAAAUGUCGCUUAUCACUCCUUUUAAAACUAUCUUUGUUCCUAGUUUAUUUUAUCUUUGUUCCCCAUGUUCUCCUGCCUCUGUUACAUUCCUAGCACAGGUCAUUAAUGUAGGAUCUUUUCUCCUGUUUUUUUUUUUUUUUUAAGAUAUGUGUGUAUCUGAAAAUUGCAAUAAAUUAUAAACACACAGGU